AUAUCUAUAUUAAAUAGGUUUAAUAUUGAAAAAAUAUCAUAAUUCUCUCACAAUCUACAAUAUAAAUAUAUUUUGUAUAAACAUUUAAUAAAAUAGUUUUAACACAGGUUGAGUCGGAUAUCUACAUGUUAAUAACCAAAACCCCCCACCCAACCUAAAAUAGGCGUAUUCCGCAAAAGAUAACCCUGCCCAAUGUUAAACUUUGAUUUUAUCUAUAAUACGUGUGGAUUGGAUUGAAUGGGUGGGUUGGAUAAGGGCUAUUUUUGUUCACAGCCUUUUACGUUUAUUGUGAACUACCUAAUAGUCCUUGGGCUUGAGCCCAAUUCAUCCUUAAUACCCCGUCUAGAAAAUGUAGAGCCGUUCGGCGUUAGCCCACCGCAGUGAACAAAACAAACAUGAACGAAACUGAAAAGAAAAGGAAGGGGAAAUAGAUAAUCAAGCGCUUUGCUUCAAUUUCCAGAAAUUGGCAUUCAUAUCAUUUACCCGAAGGUCUCUCCCUCCAAUUGUCAUCACCUCUGAAGUUAGGGUUUGUGGUUCAGCUCUGAUCUCUCUCGGGGAAAGCUCAAUUUCUUCCCUUUUCGAAGCUCCCCCUUGGAGUGUGAAUUUCUGGUUUCUCGUACCAGGUUAAAAGGGAAACAAUGUCGGACGGCUACUGGAACCAGCAGCAACAACCUUCUCUUCUCCCCGCUGGCGGCAUGCUUAAGCGGCCUCGCACUGAGUAUGAUAUGCAAAAUUCUGGAGUUCCUGCAGGCUAUGAUAUGAAUAGUUACUAUGGAAAUGCAAGAGAUGGUGGGACUGGGUAUCAGCCUGUGAAAGACACAAAGACGAUUGUAUCAGCAUAUGAGCGCUAUCUUCAAAAUCAAGGUCUUCCUACUGCUUCUAGAGAAGCGAAUGCAUUCGGUGGAGGUGUCGGAAUGGCAAGUCUCCCAACCGUAGAUUCUGCUGUAAUGGACCGUUCUAGAGCAACAGUUCCAGAUAUGACAACCAAUGGUUAUGGUGGCCCGCCAUCAGGAGGAGCAAGUUCAUUACCUCGACCUGGUCGUGAUACAGUACCUCUUCCUCCCGAUGCCUCAAACACUCUCUACGUUGAAGGACUUCCUCCAGAUUGUACAAGAAGAGAAGUAGCACACAUCUUUCGCCCUUUUGUUGGAUACAAAGACCUGAGACUGGUCAGCAAGGAAUCUAAACAUCGUGGUGGAGACCCAAUCAUUCUUUGUUUUGUUGAUUUUAUGGAUCCUGCAUGUGCUGCUACUGCAAUGAGUGCUUUGCAAGGAUACAAGAUGGACGAGCAUGACCUAGAGUCGAACUACUUGAGGCUACAGUUUUCUCGCUAUCCUGGCCCCAGGUCUGGCUUGCCGGGUCGUGGAAAGAGGUGAAUGAGUUCUCCCUCCUACAACCCAGCUCUAAAGGACACUCAUUUGUUCUAGCAAACCUGUUCGAAGCCAUUGUCAAAACCUAUCUCUUGAAGAGUGCACUUGCAGGAAGAAGCUAUUUGUUUCCCCACUUUGAAAGGCAGCUAGCAUCCGUGGUAGGGCUCUAUUGCUUAGUAUGUUAUAUUUUUGUCACGCUAAUUUUUAACAUUGCUAUGUUGUAGCACAUUAGGGUCAACUUAGGCAGAAAGUGAGGUGCCGAAAAAAUACCCAUUUUCUUGUAGCAAUUCUAACGUUAUUUUGUAUUGUUCUCUUCACAGUAAGAACCUGUUGUACACUGAUAAAUUAUCGUGUGGGGUUAGUUACUGGCAACCUGGCUGGGUAGCUAUUGAAUCAAGAUUUCAGGAUAGCCAAUUACGGCGAUAGAGUUAGUUGUUGGUGUUGAGAUUUCAACAAACAAAAGGAUAUCCAUCAAGGAACCUACCAGUGAUGUUCAAUUAAUGGUCGGCAUGGUCUGACCUGAUCAAGAAUCGGACAAAUUAAUACGCGAACGGAUAUGAGUAGGAAUGCCAGUUCGGUUUUGGUUUAUCGGAUUAAACUAAAACUGAGUAU